CUCAAUAUGCGCGGUGCAUUCUGGGUCCACCUAAAGAUGGCGGCGCCCUUGCGCAAGUGUUGAGAAACAGUGUCGGCUGAAAGUCUGAUUAAAACUAGCCACAGUUCUACAGUGUUGAUCCAUCAUCAAAAACAACAGAAAGUGCACGGAAAGAGACCGUCGAAUUAAAGUAUCGAGUGCCUGCCGUGGCUCACGCAGAGUGUGUGUUUAAGGAUGAUCAUGGGCCACUGCGCCUGACCCAGAACCAAACGGAGAGCCAUCGCAGAUCCCCCUGCAAACACCUCUUGAUCCAGCGCCUUCAGAUCCUCUACAGGCUGUGGACGCUGCCAUUUAAGCUGCUGACGGGAGUGAUCUGUGUGAUCGUCCGCGGACGCAGCGGAUCUCCAGCUCAAGCUUUGGAGAACUCUGCUGAUCAGAGAUUCGUUAUGAAAAUGGAUGCUGAGCUGCUUCACUCCCCUGUGGUUGGUCUGGCCGAGGAGGAGGAGGUGGACAUGACUGACUGGAACCUUCCACUGGCCUUCAUGAAGAAACGCCACACAGAGAAAAUUGAGGGAUCCAAAGCUUUGGCUCAGAGCUGGAGAAUGAAAGACAGGAUGAAAACAGUGAGUGUGGCUCUAGUUUUAUGUCUCAAUGUUGGCGUGGACCCUCCUGAUGUAGUCAAGACUUCACCCUGCGCCAGACUAGAGUGCUGGAUAGACCCUCUGUCCAUGAGUCCACAGAAAGCCCUGGAGACGAUAGGGGCCAAUCUACAGAAACAGUAUGAAAACUGGCAGCCUAGGGUAAGAGCUGUCCUCCCUGCUGUUACCUCAUGUAACACAAACACAUUCUCACUAGAGGUGAAAUGAGUUCUGUAAAAAAAAAGGCACUUUGAUAUGCAUGUUUGCACCAUGGUCUUGCCACUGGUGUAUCAGAUUCAUAGAAAAAUAUAAAGCAUCAAAUAAUUAGGACAUAUGGUGGUGUCCUUGAGUUUGGUGAGUAACUAAAGGAAUGUUAAUUAUUUAGCUAAUAAAUUAAUGGUUUUAUCAUUUGCUCAUUUUGGGGUGAAACUGUCAUUAAUAGUAGUAAGUGGAAAAGCUGGCACACAGGCAAAAUAAACUGAAAUUUUGCAAUAAC